GGGGGAAUGAGGGCGGUGUUUGUGUGAAGGGGCAAACAAAGUGGCACUAGGGUCCGGGAGGGAUUUGAUUAUCAUCACAGUCUGAGGAAAUAGAAAGUUUGGGAGAACGGACGGGUGACCCAGAUUCUACACAGCUAUGCAGUUUCAGGAGUGGCUACGUUCCCUUCGCUUCAGUGGAGGAGAUGGGAAGUCUGAAUUGGACAAUCUGAAGACCCUCCUCCCCUCUCUGCCCUCGUCCUUCUCUCUGUCCUCUCUCUCCCUUUUUUCAUCCUCUCUCAUAGGGUUAGGAGCACUAGCCUCUCUCACAACCUAUUGGCUGGUGACCCGACCUCGACCAAUCCAGCCUCCCUGUGACCUAAAGGUUCAAUCCAUACCUGUACAGGGAGACCACAGCUGUAGGCGAUCAGCUUUACUAAAGGAUGACAAUCUGUUGGAGUUUUACUAUGAGGACACAAAGACAGCUUACGACAUGUUCCAGAGAGGACUUAGAAUAGCAGGAGAUGGGCCGUGUCUUGGCUUUAGGAAACCAGGAGAGCCCUACCAAUGGAUCUCCUACACUGAGGUAGCAGAAAGGGCACAGGUGUUGGGAUCAGGUUUGCUGGCAAAGGGUUGCAAACCAAACCCACAGCAGUUUGUAGGCAUCUUUGCCCAGAACAGACCGGAGUGGGUCAUUGCAGAGCUGGCCUGCUACACAUUCUCUAUGGCAGUGGUUCCUCUGUAUGAUACACUGGGAUUAGAGGCCAUGGUUCAUAUACUUAACCUAGCGGAGAUCUCUAUGGUGAUCUGUGAUAAGGAGGACAAGGCAGAGUCUCUGCUAAAGAAUAAGGAGAAAGGAGUGACUCCCACCCUCUCCUGUCUGGUGCUCUUUAACCCUUUCAGUGCCACUCUGCUGGAGAAAGGGAGGAAGUGCGGUGUGGACAUACUGCAGCUCUCACAGAUCAUGGAUCUGGGACGGGAGAAUUUACAGUCGCCUGUGCCUCCUCAUCCCCAGGAUUUGGCAGUUGUGUGUUUCACCAGUGGAACCACAGGAAAGCCGAAAGGAGCCAUGAUCACUCAUGGCAACAUCGCCUCCAACACCUCCUCUGUCAUCAAGAUCCUGGAGGGCUUCUUUGUGAUUCGUCAAGAGGAUGUGUCAAUCUCCUACCUGCCACUUGCCCACAUGUUUGAGCGCAUGAUCCAGGUGUCAAUGUUUUGUCAUGGAGCAAGGGUUGGUUUCUACCAGGGUGACAUCUCUCUGCUUAUGGAUGACAUAAAGACCCUGAAGCCCACCUUCUUCCCCGUGGUCCCUCGAUUACUCAACCGCAUCUAUGACAAAAUUCUGGGCUCGGUGACGUCUCCGUUGAGAAGAGCCAUUCUCCAUUACGCUGUGAGGAGGAAACAGGCAGAGUUGAGCAGUGGGGUCGUAAGGAAUAACAGUCUGUGGGACAGACUCAUCUUCAAUAAGAUACAGGCCAGUCUGGGCGGGAACCUGCGUUUCAUUCUCACUGCAUCGGCCCCAAUCUCUCCAACCGUUCUGUCCUUCCUCAGGGCAACUCUCGGCUGUCUGAUUUUUGAGGGGUACGGGCAGACGGAGUGCACAGCUGGCUGUACCUUUUCAAUGCCUGGUGAUUGGAGUGCAGGUCAUGUAGGAGCUCCAUUACCCUGUGCCAUGGUGAAGCUCACCGACAUCCCUGAUAUGAACUACUAUGCCAAGAAUGGAGAGGGAGAGAUCUGUAUCCGGGGUCACAGUGUCUUCCAAGGGUAUCUGAAAGACGAGGAGAGGACAGGAGAAGCUCUGGACACUAACGGCUGGCUACACACUGGAGACGUGGGACAAUGGCUGCCGAAUGGCACUUUGCGCAUUAUAGACCGAAAGAAGCACAUCUUCAAGCUUUCUCAGGGAGAGUACAUUGCUCCCGAGAAGAUCGAAAAUGUCUACACUCGCUGUGUUCCAGUUCUGCAGGUCUUUGUGCAUGGAGAUAGUCUACAAUCACAUCUGAUAGGAAUAGUAGUUCCGGAUCCCGAGGUGUUUGUCGACUGGGCCAAAGAGAGAGGAAUAGUGGGAUCAUAUGAAGAGCUCUGUCAAAAUCCUGAUGUGAAGAAAGCCGUGCUUGAGGACAUAACAGCAGUGGGGAAGGAAGCAGGACUGAAGUCCUUCGAACAGGUGAAGGACUUAUAUUUGCACCCUGAAAUGUUUAGCGUGUCUAAUGGCCUCCUCACACCAACCCUGAAGAGCAAACGAGUCGAUCUACAAAGAGUGUUCAGUGAGCAGAUCACACAGAUGUACAGUAAAUCAUCUAUAUAGAGACCCGACACACUGCCUUAAUAUCAGUAUCCUCUAAUACCCUCUAACACACACAGUCCACAUCUGAUUUCUGCUGUCACACAAGUUAUUUUUAGAAAACAUUUUUAACUUGCUAAACAGGAGAUAUCCUACUGAAAGCAAACUAUUUUUGAUAAUUUAUAUUACUGUAUGUAUUGGCUUGAGGGAAGAAAUAAUCAGUGAACACUUCCAUAUAAUUCACACGUGACUGGGUUUAACAACACUGUUGGUUAGGACAGAGGUUAAAGCUACUUUAGAAAGUCUUCAAAAUACCUGAUACUCUAUUAUUGGCCUAGCUCAGUGUGUUUUUUUUUUUUUCUUUUUGAGUGAAGUUAUUUCUGUAUUCAAAAUAUGAACUAGUCUCCAUUUUAGGUCAUUUUAGCCAGUUUCUAUAGUUUGAACUGCAAGUCAUCUAGGCUCGACACAAUCUGAUAGUUGUCAUCAUGAGCAGUGAUGUUGCACCUCUAAAGAACAAUCUGUGUAAACUUCUGAUCAUCUUAAUUUCAUUUAUUUUGUUGAAUUAUUGCCUGUAGUGUGGGUUCAAUGCCUGACUGUAUGUAAAGUAUAAUAGUCUAUCUGUAAAUGAGCAUUUUGAACUGUAAAUGUUUGACUAAUUCUGAUCCCUAGAGAUGUACUGUAUUUGACUGUCUUUAUUGAUGGAGGAAUAAAGAUAAUGCAUU